AGGAAACGUUAUUUCUUUCUUCUACUCUCCCUCUCACUCUCUCAAAGCGAUUCAGCCUCUCGGAGACCAUCUUAACUGUGGAACUUUAUUACUUGGAAGGAAACAUCAUCUGCAGACAGCUUGUGCGUAAGCUGGUUGAAGAAGUGCACCAAAAUGCCUUUUCAGACCAUACCUGUAUCAGACGACAAGGCCCUUUGUGCUAAUUUGAGGAUGCAAGGAGCCAAAGUUGCAGACAAGCGUUUGAAUAAAACAAAGAAGGGGACGUUCCCCAGCAAUGGAAGCCCGGCUGAACGCAGCGAAUGGUGGAAUAACCUCAAAGAGGGUGAAAAGAAAGCCAAACAGGCCAUGGCUAUUAUGGCUUUGGAGUACGACCUAGCAAUAAAGAGGCUGGACAGGUGCGAAAUGAAACUGUUAGGUCUUGAUACGAAGACGAAGUCUCAAGAAGAAGAGAUUGACUCGCUGAAAAUGAAACUCCGGGAACAGGAAGAGGAAAACAAGCAGCUGAGAGGUGCGAUGGCUGACGCUCAAGCAAGCCAACGUUUGAAUGAUGAGGAGAUCAAGUUGUUGAGGCUGCACCUCAGGUAUGUCAAUGAAGAGGUCACGUCGUUAAGGGAACUCAAAAAUCCAGGAACAUCACAAGACAUUGUGGUUUGGAAUCAAACCUCUCCCCAUGACUCUAGAGAUGUGGUAUGUUCUGGACAAUCAGGGGUGCUCGUCAGUCCAGACCAGGCACAACUCCUUUAUCCCAUUAAGCUCCUUGAAGAACUCCCUGACAUAGAGAAGCACAACUCCAACCCUGAGUUCUGGAAGAAAAUAAAAGAGUGGAUUGCCGUUGGAUUGCCUCCUCAUCAAGUUGUUAGCUUGAUCAAGGCAAAAUGCCCUUCAGAAAUUUGGAAGGUAGUAGUGAAGGACAUCAGUGAAACUGACUUCCAGGACGUUGACUUCAACAACUCUGCGCAGGUGGAGAGACUGUUGCACAAGUUACGCAAGUGCAUGUCAAAAGCUCUGGGGUCGGGGUCACAACUCCUCAAUUUGUACCACUGUAGACUCCAGAAAGAGGAUGAAUCCUUUGUGGACUACAUCAAGGAGAAGUUCAGGCUAUAUUGCUCAUACGGGUGUGAUGUGGACAAGGACCCGGACAUCAAUGACCAGCUAUUCCUCCUCACUGCCUUAAAUGAUGCAACCAAAGAAUAUAAAGCGAUUCAGGAUCCCACAAGUUAUGCGGACAUGAUGAACCGGGCUGCUGCUGUAGAAAGCUGUAAGCUUAAAGCUCAGAGAAGAAACGAGUGCGUCAACUGUCGCAAGAGAGGCCACACUAAAGCACGGUGCAGGAGGCCAGGAGGGGGCGCUGAGGCUGGUCCAAAUGAAUGCUUCAGGUGUGGGAUUCGUGGCCACUGGGAGAGAAAUUGCCCACUGCACUGCUAGAAAGGUGCUGUGCAAGUUCAUUUUUCAUAUCAAGGUAACAAAAAUGUAAAUGUGCCCUCAAAAGGUACAACAGUGGUUUCAGGCAUCUAACCGCAUACAUUCAAUGAGCUUUUUUGUGUGGAAAAGUCCAUAUUUGUACAUUUUCAUAACCUAAUGUUUUUAAACAGAGCAAUAAAAUAAAAAGCCCGGGGAUGAG